AUGCAGUAUAAACAGAUUGGUGCCGUUGUAAACGAAAUUUUUUCAGAAAUCAUUGGAGAGAGCGAACUCGUAAAUGAAGACCUCUCAAACAUCGUUGAAGUUGGUAAGGUUAUUACUUCUUCAACAACAUUCGAUGAAAACUAUGAAAACUACACACGUAAGAUUAUUGACAAGGUAGGUAAAACAAUCUUCCACGAAGAUUCUAACUCAAAGGAACAUCUUCCAAUCUAUAAGGACUCAUGGGAAUAUGGUUCAAUUCUCGAGAAAAUCCGUGUAGAAGCUCCAGAUGCAGAGGAAGAUUACACAUUCGACCUUGAAAACUACACUCCAGACGAUAUCUUUACAUUUGAGGGUGCAGAGGCUUCAGAGAAGUUCUAUAACAAUUCAACAACAUUUAAGAUUAAGGUUUCUCUUCCUAAGCGUCAGCUUAGAAGUGCUUUCACAUCACCGUCCCUCAUGUCUAGAUUUAUUUCUGCUAUUGAAAACAGAAUUAGAUUUAAGAUGAAUGUUUAUCAGUCCUCACUGGAAUACAGAACAGAAUGCAACCUUAUUGCUGAAAAGUUCAAGAGCGGAAACGAUAGUUCUCUUGUCAACCUCUUUGCUUGCUAUGUAGAUGAAACAGGCGACACAACUCUUACAGCUGACAAGGCUCUUAAGGACGCAAACUUCCUUAGAUUCUGUAACAUGAAGAUUGGUAUGCUUAGAGAUUUCAUCAAGAAAGAAAGUAUGCUCUAUGGUGACGGUGGUUACACAAAUGUAACAAACGAAAGUCAGCAGGUUAUGAUUAUGCUUACUGACUUUGACAAGGCACUCAACACAUACCUCUAUUCAGAUACACGUCACACAGAUUAUGUAAAACUCUCUGGCUAUUCUGUUGUUCCUCACUGGCAGGCAGGUGGUACAAAGAACGCUUACAUUGACCGUUCAACAAUUAACGUAAUCCCUGCUUCAGAGGGACGUAAGCCAAAGUCUGGAGAAGACACAAGAAGAAAGAUUGUGCAGAGCGGUAUUCUUGGUGUACUUCAGGACGAACGUUCAUGUGCUGUUACUUGCGAACAUGAUGAAGUUGAAAGCAUUAAGAUUCCAGACGCAAGAUUUGUGAACUACUGGUACUUCAGAGAUGCGAACUACCUUACAGAUACAGACGAAAACGUAAUCGUAUUCUAUAUCGACAACUAUCGUCCUGUUGGUCGUUUCGCAGAAGAACCAGCAGAUUGGGAUACAGUUGACUACUAUGAAAGAAACGCAAACGGCGGUUACUCUAUCGCUACUGAGUUUGACGAGAACACUUCAUAUUACACAAAGGUUCGUGCUUAA